AUGUCAGGAAGAGGAUUGAAAAGGAAAAUAGAUUCAGAAUGUCGUGUUUUCAAUGAAAAGUGGUCGUUGGAUUAUUUCGUAAUUUAUUCAGCUGCUACAAAGGCUAGUUUUCGUACUUCACAUCUAUUGGCAAAAAGAGGAAAAGCGUUUUCUGAUGGUAGUUUAAUAAAAGAAUGUAUAAUUCAAACAGUUGAAGAAAUUUGUCCAGAAAGAAUUGAUACUUUUAAAAAUAUUAGUCUUUCUGGUAACACAGUUACCCGUAGAAUUGACGAUAUUACACUUGACGAAUCAACAGAUGUAUCUGAUACGUCACAGUUACUUUUAUUUAUUCGAGGUGUUAAUAAAGAUUUAGAAAUUUCAAAUGAACUACUUUCUGAAAAUUUGAAAUGUAUCACUACUGAUGGCGGAAGAAAUAUGUGUGGCACAAAAAAAGGUGUAAUUGGACAGAUAUUUACGAAUUGUGAAAAAGAAGGUUUUAAACCAAUGACUUUGCAUUCUUUAGACUUGUCUUGUGUUAUGGAUCCAAUAAUAUCAACAGUAAAUUUUAUUCGCUUGAGCGAACUUAGGCAUCGUCAGUUUCAAGAUUUUUUGAAAGAAAUAGAAACAGAGUACCAAGAUAUACCUUGUGAUAUUGAGAAGUUACCUUCUACCCUUCAAAUGGAAAUGAUUAAUUUACAAAGUAAUGAUGCACUGAAAAUCAAACAUCGUGAAGAGACUUUAGUUGAUUUUUAUAAAUUUUUCCUAGAUAUAGAGUAUCCAAAUUUAAAAAAAUUUGCAAUUAAAUAUAUAUCUGUAUUUGCUACAACUUAUUUGUGCAAACAAACUUUUUCUAAAAUGAAAUACAUCAAAUCAAAAUACAGAUCGGCCAUGACUGACAAACACUUGGAGUCAAUUUUGAAAAUUGGAACUAGCAACAUACAACCUCAAUUCGAUCGAAUAUUAGCAGAAAAACAUCAAUUUCAUACUUCUCAUUAA